CAGUCUCUCUCUCCCUCCUCGGGGAGGAACUGCCGCGCUCCGGCUGACUCCUCCGCUGGCAGGCGGGCGGGGCGGGGAAGGGGGCUCCAGGAGCGGUGGGAACUGCGAGACCCAGACCUGGACGCCGACCGCCGCGGGGGGCGCGCGGCCCUGCCUCCGCGGGCUCCCGUGAACCUCCAGACAAAACCCCAAUUCAGAAAUAGGCUACGAGCGGCAGGGGAGGAGGUUUGGCCCCCACCAGGGACCCCCGCCGCCCCCAGGACGGCCGGCCGUGGGAGCGAUGAGCCAGGUGCUGGGGAAGCCGCAGCCGGAGGACGAGGACGACGACGAGGAGGAUGAACUGGUGGGGCUAGCGGACUACGGGGACGGGCCCGACUCCUCGGACGCCGACCCGGACAGCGGGGCGGAGGAGGGAGUUCUGGACUUCAGCGAUCCUUUCAGCACUGAGGUGAAGCCCAGAAUCCUGCUCAUGGGCCUGAGGAGAAGUGGCAAGUCAUCUAUUCAGAAAGUUGUUUUUCACAAAAUGUCUCCCAACGAAACGCUGUUCUUGGAGAGCACAAACAAGAUCUGCCGGGAAGACGUUUCCAAUAGCUCCUUUGUUAAUUUUCAGAUUUGGGACUUCCCAGGACAGAUUGACUUUUUUGACCCUACCUUUGACUAUGAGAUGAUCUUCCGGGGAACAGGAGCACUGAUAUUUGUCAUCGACUCCCAGGACGAUUACAUGGAGGCUUUGGCCAGGCUCCACCUCACCGUGACCAGGGCCUACAAAGUGAACACUGACAUCAACUUCGAGGUGUUUAUUCAUAAAGUCGAUGGUCUGUCAGAUGACCACAAGAUUGAGACCCAAAGAGAUAUUCAUCAGAGGGCAAACGAUGACCUUGCCGAUGCUGGAUUAGAAAAAAUUCACCUCAGCUUCUAUUUGACGAGCAUAUAUGAUCAUUCAAUAUUUGAAGCUUUUAGCAAAGUGGUUCAGAAACUGAUUCCACAACUCCCCACCCUGGAGAAUUUGCUAAACAUCUUUAUCUCGAAUUCUGGAAUUGAAAAGGCAUUUCUCUUUGACGUGGUCAGUAAAAUUUACAUUGCAACUGAUAGUACCCCAGUGGAUAUGCAAACCUAUGAGCUCUGCUGUGAUAUGAUCGAUGUCGUUAUCGACAUCUCUUGUAUUUAUGGUCUCAAAGAAGAUGGAGCAGGAACCCCCUAUGACAAAGAAUCAACGGCCAUCAUAAAGCUGAACAAUACAACAGUUCUUUAUUUAAAAGAGGUGACAAAGUUCCUGGCUCUUGUCUGCUUUGUCAGAGAGGAAAGCUUUGAAAGAAAAGGAAAAAACUUCAGCAAGUGGAAUUACUCAGAUCCAAGGGCAGGUUUCAUCUUGCUGGAAGUAAGAACAGGGCUUAUUGACUAUAAUUUUCAUUGCUUCCGGAAAGCCAUCCAUGAGGUUUUCGAGGUGAGGAUGAAAAUGGUGAAAUCACGAAAGGUUCAGAAUCGGCUGCAGAAGAAAAAAGGAGCCACCCCCAAUGGGACCCCUAACGUGCUGCUGUAGUGAGGCUUCGGGAGUAUCUGUGAGUCAGACCUUGCAGUGAGGCUCCUGUGCUGUGUUGCACUAAAGGAAGAGGAAAAAGGAGAUUGGGACACAUGACGUAUUUGUUGUUAAAAAAAAAAAAAAAAAUCCCCUCAACCCUCUUGAUCUUCUCUUUUUUAAAUAAAGUGAGCACUUUGAAGCCGAAACUUGUAUUUUAACAAUGAAGUAAAAUCUACUGUAAUUUCGUUACACAAAUGUAAACUUUUAUGGUCUGUAGUCAGAAACUCCUAUGUGAGGACUGCCAGGAACUGUAUAUAUUUUGCUCUUUUUCAUGUUUUUUUCUUUGAACUUUGAUAAAACGACUUUUCUAAGCUUUUUUCUGUACUUGGUGUCAAGGACAUGCAUACUGUAGUGUUGUUCAGAUCUCUAUGGCUUUCAGAAAUCAAAAAGCAAUGAACUGGCAAUGAUUUUUUUUUUUUUAUAAAUUUGGGAAUCUUUGCUACUAAUUGUUGAGAAAAACCAUUUUUCAGUGGAGCUGGAACAGAUUGGGGCAGCAAGCUCCAGGAGCAAUAAGAACUGUCUCCUGUUUAUAACUGGUGUGUAAACGGGAGUUUUGUAGAAUAAUCUUAGCACCAAAUUUACCUAAAAAUGUCACUAGCUGUGCCCGGACUUCCCUACUCAACAGUUUUUACAAAGCUCUUUACCUCAACACACAUCUCUAUAAUCAUUUUAUACAGAGAGGUUGUUCCUUUUUGCUGCAUUACUGUUCUUUAGAACCUUCGGGACCAGAUUUCCAAAAUGGUGCCAAUCACUGGAGAGAAAGAGGAAUGUUGCUGAAUUUCAGGGUUUCUGGAGGCUUUUCUGUACCUGUCACUGGGGCUGAAGUUACAUCAGAGGUCACAUGGUUUCCCAAAUGUAGGUGAUGGGUAUUCAGAGAUUUAAAAAUGGAUCUACAGUUUGUAUGUUUGGCCCCUGUGAAGUGGGCCUAUUGUGCAACAUUUAAAAUGUUUAUUGAGGAUCAUGACCACAGGGAAUGUCUCAGAUCUCUACACGGAGCAUAGCCCUGGUGAGCACGUUUGUCACCUAUUAGUCUCCUGCUCAGCCAUGACAGUGUGCCUUGUGGACUCUGCCCAUUCCCACCUUAGGUUUGAACUAGAACUCAGCCAGCCAGCAGCACACUCUGCACAGCUGAAAAGCUAUCCUGCAAACCUCUAACAAUCAGUGGGACGAGGACGGAGGAGACAUCACAGUUAGCUGUGUGUUCAUUUCUGUGAAAUUCUCCCACUUAUGUUUACUUUACACUUUCAGGAUGUUAAGGGACUCCUAAAUCUCCCCUCACCCCAAACCAUUCCUAGUAGAUAAUUCUCUGUCCAUUAGGUAAUUCUAUAUCUGUCCCAAGGGUCAGUGCCCUAAACCCUGCUUGUGAGUAUUGGAAAAUAAUGUUAUAUACUUAUUUAUUUUUAAGCAAAGACUCAUAAGGAAGUCAAAGCUGGUCCUAGCAAAAUGUACCAAGUUCCUAAAGCAACUUACCCUUGAAACUAUCCCAUCUCUAUCUGCGGCCUCCUUCCAUCCUCCCUCCUUCCCUCCCCAAGUCCUAUUCCUUUGAGGCUGCUAACUGCAAUGCAAGAUGGUAGCUGAUUGAAGUGUAAGGUUUGAGUCCUCCCAAGGGUCUGUGCAUUUUGGAAGGAAAUUUCUAAAAAUCAUUAAGGCGCCCAACUCCUUCGUGAUUCCUGCUCAGAGACCUGGGUGGGUAGGAACCCAGGGUUCCAAAGGAGACUUUUCCUUAAUUUCUAGACCUAUAUCCUGUUGGAUCUUUGGAUCUUUGCCAACAGGCUUGUUACAUAUGGGUUCUUCUUAUAAACUUAAUGUUCUAAUAUUUUUUACACAAUGUUUCUUUUUGAUUAAGCAAAUAAGGAAUCACUUUUCUAAUGUGACUUUAUCCUCAAGGUAGAGACACUUGCCUACCUGGUAAAUGACACAUUACUUAGGUAUAUAUUACUGUAACCAGGAGGAGCUUCCAUUUUUAAGCUGGAUAUAUGAUGAGUUUUUGUUAAAAUGUGCCUUAAAAGUCUAUAACUCCAGGAGCAAAUGAUUCUUUGGGGGAAAAGCAAAAACAAUCGUAUGGCAUAGGACCUAAGUUCAUGGCAGUAAGUGCACUCUUUGGUUGAUCACACACUAAUACAUAGAUUCCUGCCUCAAACCUGUAAGAAUGGCAAUGACCUCUUAGUUAAAGACAGAUGUAGGAGUUAUGUCUAAGUGUUCAGCUUUUUAAGUCUGUGCUAUUGGAAUUACAAAAUCUAUUCCUUCUGCAUUUUAUUUUUGAUAUGGAACAUAGCUUACUGCGAUGUGUAUGGCCAUGUUUAGGUCUCAGAUCUAAUGCUAUAAAUACAAAGUCCAAACACAUGGCUACAGUGACUUCUCUGGAACAUGUUUGCUCAUUUUCAAAGGUUGAGAACUUGACCUACAGGUUUCUAGGGCAAUCAGAACUUCUAUGUGGAGGUGAGACUGUGAAUUACCCUCUUGGGUUAUUUUUAGUGAUAUAAAUGAGUGUGUAUGACCAGGGUAGAGUGUUUUUGAAGGAGUAUAAAUUAAAAAAAAAACUGGUUGGCAUUCAUGGACAGUGUUAUUUUGUGAGCAUAAUAUAUUUUGGGCCCUUAAAUAUAAAAUGACUAGAAACACAGCAAUAUUGUUACUAUACGGGUUAUAUGCUAACUCUGAGACAUACUCCAGAAAAAUGGCUGAACUGUCUUGAUUAUUAAAGUAUGGUAUGCAUUUAACUUCUAUAGACUGUUCGUAAUUUUUAAUCAAGCAUAGUAUUAUGUUUUACUUUAAGCAGGACAUCAUUCAUAAUUAUUGCUAAAACAUUGCUUUCAAGAAUGUUAACUGCCAAUUUAAAAGCAUGUGUCAUGCUCAUGA